AUGCACUCUCCCAAGAAAAAAAAAACCUCUCUAGCAAUACACACCAAACUGAGCAUGUGCAGAAUGGCUACGGUUCAGUCUGUCUUAUCAGGAGAUAAGACAUGGACAUUUGAACAAGAGGAGGAACAGAGAAGACAGGAUCAAACAGCCAUUUUACAGAAUGCAGUGGAUUAACCCCUUAGGUUGCACAGUGAGUAUAACAAGCAUGCUUUACUGCAUAUACAAACUGAUUUUACUGUUAUGAGUUUAGUAACACUUUAAAGUGGUUCUUAAGGCAAAGCAUUUGGUCCUAGUCCUAUAUCAAUCCAGCUCU